AUGUCGGAAUUGUCAAUGUGGGAGGCUGCGAGGCGUGGAGACACCGGGUACUUGAAGAGGUGCAGGGAGUUGGGGGCGAGAAACUUCGAUGUGGUCAUAGUGUACGCGGCGGGUGCUGGACACACUGAGAUUGUCGAAUUGUGUAAAGAGUGGGGGGCGAGGCGCUUUGGUGCAGCCAUGGAGGCCGCGGCGGAGGGUGGGCACGUGGGGAUCGUCAAGCGGUGUAAAGAUUGGGGUGCCACCAGCUUCAACAAGGCUGUACAGGGCGCGGCGGGUGAGGGUCACGUGGAGAUCGUCAAGCUUUUGAAAGGGUGGGGCGCGACGGACUUCGACUGGCCCAUGGUGGCAGCCGCUGCGGGCGGACACAUCGAAAUCGUCAGGCUGUGUAAAGAGUGGGGUGCUGUGAAGUUUGACUGGGCUAUGUCUGAAGCAGCGGGGUGUGGUCACGUUGAGGUUGUUAGAUUGUGUAAGGAGUUGGGUGCCACCGACUUUGAUGAGUCCAUGGCGACCGCCGCUGCGGAAGGACACGUCGGGAUUGUCAAGAUGUGUAAAGAGUGGGGCGCGACGAACUUCAACUCGGCCCUUUUAUUGGCGGCGGAGCACGGUCACGCCGACGUCGUCGAGUUGUGCAAGGGUUGGGGUGCGACAGACUUUGAGGAACCAAUGUGGGAGGCAUAUGAGGGCGGCUUUGGUGAAGAAGCCGAGGUGUGGGAGCGCGAGAGUGGUUUCGAUAAGACCGUGGCGGUAUGCCGUGGAGGUCUUUGGUGGGACGCUAUACACGAGGAUCUGUUCAAGUACCACCACAAACGCAAGUUUCUCAGGAGUCUCGAGGACGAACUUUUACCCAAGACUUGGCAUCCAGAUAGGUUUUGGGAUUGGUGUCUUGAUGAGCAAGAGAAGGAAAUGUUGGAAGAGUGUUUCGAUGGGUAG